GUGUUGUUAUUACCAAAAAAAUAAAAAAAUCAGAAAUUAUUUUGAUACCGCAAUAAUAACAAAAGUAUUGUUCGGAAUGGCUGCUCGGAAGAGUACUAUAAUCUAGACAUGGAGUCUAGAAUAGGACUUGAUUACAUCGUUGAAAACCCAGAGUAUACAGCAAAACUAGCUACAGCUCUUGACACUAACAAUGUUACUGUGAAAAAGCAAGUAUUGGAGUUGUUGUCUGCAUUAUGUGUUUAUAAUUUAGAAGGCCAUGCCAGAGCACUUGAUACCCUUCAACAUUACAAGGACCAAAAGAAUGAAAGGUACAGAUUACAAAUCGUUGUUCGUGAAUUGCAAUGGGCUCUAUCUAAAGGCCAAGAAACAGCAGACUAUCAAACAGCUAUUGUGGCAUUUAUCAACUGCCUCAUCAUAUCUACGCCACAGCUUCGAGACCGGAUAAGAAUCAGGAAUGAAUUUAUUGGUCUCAAACUUCUUCCGAUAUUAAAUGAACUGAGGAAAGGAUCAAUAAACUAUGCAGAUCUUGGGGUACAAUUAGAUGUUUUCGACGAGCAAAGAGAAAAUGAUGAAUCACAAAUUUUAGAUGUACCUUUUCGUGGAGUUGAUAUAAACUCUCAUGUGGAUGUUUUUUACGCUAUCUUAAAACAGGUAGCAGAUACUCCACAAGAAAUACCAUUCUUGAGCAUCCUCCAGCAUCUACUCAGGAUCGAUCCCAAAGAAGCCGUUAGCGAUAUCGUCUGGGAUACGGCCGAAACGCUGGUACAUCGUUCGACAUUACUCGAGAACCGGCAGGACGCGUCACGCCUGUUACGCUCUCCGAGCGUUCUCGGUCAAAGUCAACCUAGGGAUGUGGGUUUGCGGGUGUGCUGUUGUGGGCGCAAACAGUCAUUGGGCCCAUCAAACGUGACUUCACCCACGUCGGCCACCCCUCCGCCACCGCCACCUCCACCAUUACCACCUCCUCUACAGUCCUCCGGGAAUCCACCACCACCCCCACCUCCUCCACCACUGUUGAUGGGCGUACCACCGCCGCCGAUACCCCCAGCGCCUUUCUUUCCUCAAAAUCAGCAGCCUACGGCUAUCGAAUUAGCACAACACACAGGAAAAAGAUUCCUCUCGAUGGGCAACAGCGGAUCGGCCAUUACCGUGGACGCGCCUCCACCGCCACCCUCGGUCUCUGUGGUUGCUAAAUUAUUACCUCAACAAGAAACUCCUACGCCUAAAGCCAAAAUGAAAACUAUCAAUUGGAACAAAAUCCCAGAUAACAAAGUCGUUGGACGCCAUAAUAUUUGGUCACUUGUGGCUAGAAGCCAUCAAAAUUCACCCAUGCCAGAUCUUGAUUGGUCAGAAAUGGAAGGUUUGUUUUGUCAACAAGCUCCCACAGCUACAACUAGUCAAAGUGGAGUAUUAAACUUAAGAUUAGGUCAAGAUACUAGUGAAUGUGAAAAAAAACGAAAAGAACCAACAGAAAUUGUUUUAUUAGACGGAAAACGAAGUUUAAACGUCAAUAUAUUUUUGAAACAAUUUCGGAGUUCAAAUGAGGAUAUUAUACAGUUAAUACGUGAUGGUGAUCAUGAUGAUAUAGGGGCAGAAAAACUGCGUGGUUUACUAAAAAUUUUACCAGAGUUAGAUGAAUUAGAAAUGCUUAGGGCUUUCGAAGGAGAUAAAACCAAAUUGGGAAAUGCCGAGAAAUUCCUGUUACAAUUGAUUGACAUUCCCAAUUACAAGUUACGCAUUGAAAGUAUGUUAUUAAAGGAGGAAUUCGCAUCAAAUAUGAGUUACCUCGAGCCAAGCAUUAAUUCAAUGAUCGUCGCAGGUGAAGAUUUAAUGACGAAUAAACGAUUCCAAGAAGUACUAUACAUGGUGAUUUGUGCUGGAAAUUUUUUAAAUUUUGGUGGCUAUGCGGGAAAAGCUGCUGGGGUGAAAUUAAGUUCUUUACAAAAACUCACUGAUAUACGAGCUAAUAAACCUGGUAUGAAUCUUAUCCAUUAUGUAGCACUGCAAGCCGAAAAAAAUAGAAAAGAUUUACUUAAAUUUCCUGAAGAGAUGUCUGUAUUAGAAGAAGCUACCAAAACUACUGUAGAGCAGUUGCAAAAUGAGAUAAAUACUUUAGAUUCAAGGUUUAAAGUUGUACGAAAACAAAUCGAAUUGCCUAAUACUGAGCAAGAUAUUAAAAAUCAAAUGAUAGAAUUUUUAAAGGUUGCUGAAAGACAAGUUGGGGGCUUACAAAGUGAUAUUGCCGAGUUGGAAUCCAUGAGGAAAACAUUGGCCGAUUUCUUUUGCGAGGAUAUUAACACAUUCAAAUUAGAAGAAUGUUUCCGAAUUGUUCAUAGUUUUUGUAUGAAAUUCAGAUUAGCAGUGGCUGAAAAUGAACGAAGAAAAGUACAAGAAGAACAAGCUUUAGUUCGUCGAAAACAAAGAGAAGAACAAUUAGCUGUGAAAAAAAGAUUAUUAACCAAUGAUCAACAAAAUAAUGGCUCUGAUGUUGAAAGUAAUUUAGUUGAUUCAAUUUUGUAUGACAUUCGUUCAGGAUUUCCUCAUAAAAAGAGCUUUGAUAAGGUAUGUUUAAUUAAAUUAAAUAAAAAUAUCAAGUAUUCUAUUUUUAUUCAUUUCCAGGGUAAAAGACCACAUAAUGCAACAAUUGUAACUUCAGAAGAGGAUAAUAUAUCAGUAUCUGGUUCACCAGCUGUAAUUAGACGAAGACUUGGUGUUGUCGAUAACCCUAAUAAAGAAGAUAAUCUAUCUCCCGAUGUUACUCCAAAUGGAAGUUUGCGACGUAGAAGAAGUAGAGUGCCAUCAGAAGAAGACGAAAUAACAUUAAUGGAUUUCUUGCGAACAUCUAAUCAAGAUGCUCCACCUGUAUCAAAUAUUCAAAGAAAAUCAUGGGGUAGUUUAGACCGAUCAUGGGCAAGGAGAUUCAGAGGUAGUGGUAAAAAGAGACCAGACUUAUUAAGUGCUGAUUUUAGCGCUGAUAGAGAACGAGCAAAUUCGCCAUCGCCUGUAGUAGAAACUAAGUCAAUUAUAUCUACUGCAGCAUCAACUCCUGAAGAAGAAUCGAAGCCAAAAGCAUGGAGACAAAAGAUUGAAGCAUGGCUACAAGAGAAUGAAAAAGAAGAUAAAGAUUCUGACGAUUUACGACGCAAGACUCAAAGAAUUCAAAAUAAUAGACGAUCAUUAGAAAAUGACUCUGAAAGUGAUGGCCGUAGUAGUAUUUUGGAUACAUUACCUGAAGGAAAAUUAGCUAAUGCAAAUAAUGAUGGAUAUAAAAGAGUAUAUGCUGAUUGGAGGCCCACUAUUGAUAAAACUGAUGUUGUUGGCGUUAUGGAAGCAAUUGCUGAAGCUCAACCUCCUGUUAAAGAUAAAUCUCAAUGGCGAAAAUCUAACUUAAAUGUACCAAAUACAUCAGAAGAAACUGAUUGUAAUAUCAAAAGAUCUAAAAAACCAACUUAUCUUUCAAAUUUUGAUAAUCAUAGCACACCUUUACAUGCUAUCAAAGAAGAAGAUAAAAGAAAAGGUUUUAUUGAAAAAUUAGGACAGAAUGUAUCUAAUCAAGACCGUUUAACAGUUUAUAUUCGGGGAACAAAUCAACCAGAAAUAAAACCUAAUGUAAGAAGUCCUUCAUCAUUAAGAAAACAAUUGUCUUGUCCAGAUUCGCCGGAAGAAAAAUUAUUACCUCCCUUUGCUCCCCGACGAAAAACCUCAGAUUCUACUAAUCCAGGGGAUGUAACUGAUAAAAUUGACAUAGAUUCAGAUAAUAUAGAAACACCACCGACAUCGCGUAGACAAAUUGUAAAACCUCAGUCAAUUCCAUUAAAAAUUCAAACGGUCGAAGAAGAAAAUCUAGGAGAUGGUCAAUUUGAUAGAUUUUCAGCAGCCAGGCGUACUCGGAGAUAUAGAAAAACUACAGAAGAUGAAGGUCGAAAAUUGGAAGGAUACGAAUCACCAAAAGCCAACGAAGAAACAGAUGUUCGAUUAAAAAAGUGGAAAGAUAAACUAAUGUAUAAAACAACUGAUGAUGAUAAUAAAGAAUUUUCUAGAAAUCGGUUAUACUCAUCUAUGCCCAGAACAACUAGAAACCAAAGUGUUGUAGAUCAUGGUGAUAUUAUGAAAGCUGUCAAAAUUUAUGGACAACUUUCUCCUGAAAAAAGUAUUAUAGAGCCAAAAGCUCUAGAUAGAGUGACUAAGAUAAAUCUUCAUGAUAAUGAUGAAUCAUCAAUACAUUUAAAAAGUGAGUUCAUUCCAGAGAUCAGAGUACAAGCUUUAACACCACCUAUAAAAAUUAGAACUGAACACGACUUAAAUGAUGAAGGUUUUGAAGAAUCUGUGAGUUUGAUGUCUGCUGAGUCACUAAGUCAGGAGACUUCUUCAGGUAACUUUGAAACCGAUAAACAAAUUCCAAAAACGAUUGCAAGAGCUGAUAGUAGUGGCAGUAAUGAUACUAAUAGUAGCAGUGGACCUGUUGUCCCUACUUUAAGAAAAACAAAUUCUCUUAAGUCAUCCAUUAAACCUAUAGUAGUAAGAAAAACUGAGUUGCCAAAACGUACAAGUAGUUUUAGAACUCCUCAAACUAUUCAGAAACCAAUGGUGAAAGCUAUUCCAUCAACCAAACCUAUAACAAAAUCAACGGCUGUUCAAAAGCCAAUUGUUCAAAAGCCAAUCACAACUAGAACAACAAGUGCACCAAAGCCUGUUGAAAGGUCAAGUUCUAAAAGUAGCUUGCGUAGCUCUAGGAGUUCGCUUAAUAGCUCAAACUCUGUUAGCACAGUCAAAAAGAUUCCCGGUAUUGCGACCUACACACGAGCUAUCAACGAUCUGACAACAGAUUUGAAAUCAAAAAAACCACUGAAUGCAUUACAACAGCACAACCGUGAUACACCUAUGGCUAGCAGAAGCAGUAGCAGUGGUAGUAGCAUUGCAGUUCCUGUCAACAAACCAAAGCCAAAACCGUUGAGCACUAGUUUUAAAGAGAACCAAGGCAGAUCCGGUAUGACAGGAAUGUCACCCUCCAGAAAAUCAUUAGGAUUUAUGAGACCAACUGCGUCUAGUACCGCAAAAGACUUGGUUGACAAUGGCAAACCAAUGCCUUUAGUCAAAAAAAAUUUUAAGUAGAUGUUUAAAAUAUAUUAAUAUAUUAUAUUAAAGUUGUCAAUUGUUACCAUACACAAUUUAUACCCAAUACACUUUUUACUAUGAAUUAUUAUUUAUUGUAUAGGUGAAUAUAUCAUUGUACCUAUAAUACUUAUUAAU